CUCUUGGUGGCUUUGCAUCUUAUAGACCCGAGUAAGGCGGAUAUCAUGUACAUUAUCAAGGCCACGGCGCUGUGCUUCGCAGAGAAACAGACGUAUACACAAGAUGUACUAUCAGCAGUAUUACAAAGGUUAUCAGAGGAGCCAGAAGUCCCCGUUCUGAUGAUGCGGACGGUGUUGCAAGCUUUAACACUAUAUCCCUCUAUGGGGCCUCUCGUACUCAAUAUACUGCAGCUGCUUAUGGAGAAAGAGGUUUGGACGAACAAAGUAGUGUGGGAGGGCUGGGUGAAGUGCUGCCUGCGGCUGGCGCCUAUGUCGGGCGCGCUGCUGGCGGGGCUGGGGCGGCGCGCGCUGGCGGCGGCGGGCGGCGUGCCCGGCCUGCUGGCGGCCCUGCGCGCGCACGUGGCCGCGCUGCCCGCCGCGCGCCGCCGCGCAGCUGCCCGCGGACGUGCGCGCGCUCUGCCAGGUCAGUAG